CUUGGGACAGGUCUCUGGGUGGGUAAGGAGGGUGGUGGGAGCUUGCUUAUGGAACAGUGGCGUCAGUCGUCUGUGGUAGUUCGAGCCGCUGCCGCCGAGGAACUCAAGGCUGGUUCCUUUAGGAGUGCUGGAGACUAAACCUGAAAUACAAGUUUAAGGUUCCCUAAAAGUCGGAAGAUACGGAUCCAAGUCCCUCCCGCAGGCCAGUCCGCAGCAGGAGCGGCCAACACCGACCCGGGUUAAAACUCCCAAGGAGUCUUCGCUGCUCCCACCUCCGCUUCUUGCCCCACGCUCCUCCUUGGGGUCUCUCUCAGGGCCGGGAGUCGCAGCGGUCCCCGCUUGUUGGGGGGCUUGAUGUGCGCGCCCGCCAGUUCCCACGAACUUGGGGGCGGCCGCUGAGCCCCGGCACCCGCGGAGGGCUUGUGUUCACCUCCUGCAGCCUCACCCCCGACGGUAGCCAAGGGGCCACCACCAUGAUCACCGGCGUCUUCAGCAUGCGCGUGUGGGCCCCGGCUGGGGUCCUGACCUCGCUGGCGUACUGCCUCCACCAGCGGCGGGUGGCCCUAGCCGAGCUGCGGGGUGCCGACGGCCAGCAUCCGGUCGACCGCAGCCUGCUGGAGCUGAAGAUGGUUCAGGUCGUGUUUCGACACGGGGCGCGGACCCCUCUCAAGCAGCUCCCGCAGGAGGAACAGGUAGAGUGGAAACCCCAGCUAUUAGAGGUCCCACCCCAAACUGAAUUGGAUUAUACUGUCACCAGUCUAACUGGUGGCCCAAAGCCACAUUCUCCUCAUGACUCUCAGUACCAUGAGACCACCCUGAAGGGGGGCAUGUUUGCUGGGCAGCUGACCAAGGUGGGCAUGCAACAGAUGUUUGCCCUGGGAGAGAGACUGAGGAAGAACUAUGUGGAGGACAUCCCCUUUCUUUCACCAACGUUCAACCCACAGGAGGUCUUAGUUCGUUCCACUAACAUUUUUCGGAAUCUGGAGUCUACCCGUUGUUUGCUGGCUGGGCUUUUCCAACGUCAGAAAGAAGGGCCCAUCAUCAUCCACACUGAUGAGGCAAGCUCUGAAGUCUUGUACCCCAACUACCAAAACUGCUGGAGCUUGAGGCAGAGAGUCAGAGGCCGGAGGCAGGCUGCCUCUUUGCAGCCAGGAAUCUCAGAGGACUUGAAAAAGGUGAAGGAAGGGAUGGGCAUUGACGGUAGUGAUGGAGUGGACUUCCUUGUCCUCCUGGACAAUGUGGCUGCUGAGCAGGUACACAGCCUUCUUAGCUGCCCCAUGCUGAAGAAAUUUGCACAGUUGGUUGAACAGAGAGCUGUGGACACAGCCUUGUACAUCCUGCAAAGAGAAGACAGGGAAAGUCUUCAGAUGGCAGUAGGCCCCUUCCUCCACAUCCUGGAGAGCAACUUGCUGAAAGCUGUGGACCCUGCCACUCCACCUGGCAAGAUCAGAAAGCUAUACCUCUAUGCAGCUCAUGAUGUGACCUUGAUGCCUCUCUUAAUGACUUUGGGGAUUUUUGACCACAAAUGGCCCCCAUUUGCUGUUGACCUGACCAUGGAACUCUACCAGCACCAGGAAUCUAAGGAGUGGUUUGUGCAACUCUAUUACCAUGGGGAGGUGCAAGUACCAAGAGGUUGCCCUGAUGUGCUCUGUCCGCUGGAAAAGUUCUUGAAUACCAUGUCAGUUUACACCUUAAGCCCAGAAAAAUACCACACACUCUGCUCCCAAACACAGGCGAUGGAACUUGGAAGUGGAAAGUGACUGAUUUAUACAAUCAGGAUGUGUUGAUUUUUAAAUAA